GCGGUCGCCAUGUUGGAUUAGCUCAUAACGUAUUUGUACUCUUUACAUUCGGUAAUAGUAUUUUAACCAAAGUGACAUUUAGUGUUUGUUUAUAGUUUGAGAGAUGGACUUUUAUUGAGUCGUUUUAGGUUAUUUUAUGGAGGUGCUAAAAAAUAAUUUAUCCUAUUGAUGAAAGGGACAGAACCGACCAAUCAGAAGGCUUGUUUCAUAAAACAUAGUUUUAGCAACUCAACGUUCUCUCCGCGUCAGUGAAUUAUUGCCUGGUGCUGUCAAACUGACCAAUAAUGCUUUCAGAUGCUGCGUGCAUUUCGGUGUUUGUGUUAAUUCAUUAUUUUUGUGUGUUUAUUUAAUUUUAACCCAGUGAAUGGCCAAGUGUUGUGGGUCACGUGACCAUUAGUGAAAAAUGGCGCAAAGAUGGACUGCAAACAUGGAUACUUCUUGAUAAAGUUAUGUCAUUUGGCUUUGUUUACAAGUGUAAGUUAAACUUCUACACGUGAACCAUAACCUGCUGUUUUGUGUUAUAACAGUCAAAAUGUCAGCUAGGGGCGCAAAAAGACGGGGGAGGCCCCCCAAAUCCGUUGUUAUGGAAAGACCUAGGAAAUUUCAGUACCAUUUAAUGAAAAAGCCAAAAUACCUCCUAGGUUUAAAUAAUGAUGGAAAAGGUUCCGAAACGCCUAACUCUCAGACAAGUACACCCACUGCAUCUAGAGGAUCUUCUCCUAUUGGAAGUGAAAGCAGUAGAAGAAGUUUCAGACCAAGAGGAAGACCAAAAUCUAGAGGAAUUAGGGGAAGACCAUCUUAUAGAAGGGGUUAUAAUCCUGACUUGGUAGAUUAUAAGGACUCUGAAUAUCAUUAUGGCUCAGACUUUGGUGAAGAUUCUAGUGGUAAAAGUGACCAUGAUGAUGAUGUUUUAUCAAAAAGUAGUGAUUCUGAAAUGAAUCUGAAAGAUGAUUUAAGUGAUAGUGACUUUUCGUUGUCCAGUUACAGUACUGCUAGUGGUACUACUCGUAAACCCUAUAACUAUAUUAGGAAUCCUAGCCCGGUACCCCUUUGGCUUCAAGAUAUUGAACUUCCCGUCUUGGAACUCCCUAAAUCCUCUGAUGAUCUCCUUAUACAUAGAGAAUUAGUGAUGCAAGCCCUUUCUAUAUAUGAAGUGCUUAGGCAUUUUAGAAACUUAGUGAGACUCUCCCCGUUUCGAUUUGAAGAAUUUUGUGCGGUGUUAAUGUGCGAAGAACAAACGUAUAUGUUAGCUGAAAUUCAUAUUAUGUUAUUAAAAGCUAUUCUGAGAGAAGAGGAUGCUCAACAGACUCAUUUUGGCCCUCUUGAUCAGAAAGACAGUAUUAAUAUCUCAUUGUUUUUUGUGGAUGCAGUUACUUGGCCAGAAGUGUUACGAUCAUAUCUAGAAAGUGAUAAAAACUUUGAUUCUAAUGUUUUAGAUGUCUUAACUAAUUUUGAGUACCCCUUUACAGAAGUUGAAAAUAGGUUAAAAGUCUUGCAGUUCCUUACCGAUCAAUUUUUGAUCACCAAUCCUGUCCGUGAAGAUUUGAUACACGAAGGUAAUUUUACUUACGAUGAUCACUGUCGAAUAUGCCAUCGUGUGGGUGAUCUGUUAUGCUGUGAAACCUGUCCAGCAGUAUUUCAUUUAGAAUGUGUUGAACCACCCUUACAAGAUAUUCCUCAAGAAGACUGGCAGUGCAAUAUAUGUCGGGCUCAUAAGGUUACUGGAGUUAAUGAUUGUAUUCCGGAUGUCGAGAAGUCAGGUCUUCUUUGUCGUCAAGAGCACCUUGGUUUUGACAGACAUGGAAGGAAAUAUUGGUUUCUUACGAGACGAAUAUUCGUUGAAGGGGAUAAUGGAGAAGCCUGGUAUUACUCCUGUCCCGUCCAGUUUGAACUUCUUUUGGAAAGCUUGGACAGUGUAAAUUACGAAGCAGCUUUAUGCCAAGAAAUGCUGGAUUUUAAAGAUGAAAUCAUCAGGCAAAUGAAUAUAACCGAAAGAAUCACCAAUCAAGCCAAAGGAAAUAGGAAAUCUUAUUUGGAAAUCGAAACAGCAAAUAUCUUAAAAAUGAAGAAAGAAAAAGGUGAAAGGAAAUCCGAUGAAAGUGUGACUGAUAUGGAUAAUAGCCUCCAAAUGAAUUCAACUGAUUAUGCUAACGAAGAAAUUGUUGAUUCAGAAUCUAACAUGCAAGGAUCUCCGCGAUCAGGUUCACCUGAAGACAAGAACUCAGAACAGGAAGAUGAUGAUAUUGAAAAUGUCAAGUAUGGAAAGGAUGGAAAGAAACAUUCAAUAGCGACAAGAUCAAGGACAGGGGCUAUAACUCCGAGGACAUAUUCUGCCGAUGACAUCAAGAAAAAAGGUGAUAAGCUUCAAGAUAUUGGAGAUAAUAGUCGUUUAACUCGCCUCAAAGCUCAUCAAAUAGCAACAGGUACCCAUUUAUUCAAGCUUGGAAUGGAGAAUGGAUACAAGGCGUACAACAAUCAGUUUAGUACGAAUACUGCAGCUUUGAAUAAACCUCAGAGAAAUGAAGAGCGUGAUAAAAAGAGAUAUCUUUCUCAUAAAUUCAGUCUUACUCAGGCAUCUGAAUUCAAAUGGGCUGGACCAGUUCACGGUACCAAAACUCAACUCCUUUCUACCGUCCGCCAAACCAUGCUACAGUUAGAAAAUGCGAUCGCUAGCUCACUUAUGCACGUAAAUUGGAGCCAGUUGAGAAAACACUGGGUAAAUGCAGUAGCCUCGUCCAGUUCUCCGAGGGACUUUGCAAGAGCUAUAAUCGUAUUACAAGCUUGUAUGAAACCAGCCGUUUAUGCUCCAGUCUGGCAGGAAUCUCUUGGUCAUAUAAGGCUGCAAAGAAUUACUGCAAAUGAAAGAGAAGAAAGGAAAAGAAUUGAGAAAAAAGAAAAGAAGGAAAGAGAAGAAGAGGAGGAGAGAAAUCGGCUUUUAAACUUUGUAAAAUAUACGCUCGGCCUAAAACAUCAAGUUUGGAAGCAGAAAGGAGAAGAAUAUCGUUUACACGGGCAGUGGGGCUGGCAAUGGCUCUCUGCCGUUCGUAAUUAUAAGUAUCUUGACUGCAGAACCGUCGGUCUCAGAGCUGGUCCACAGAAGUACAUGGUUCAGGUCAAAGAUGACCAAGGUAUCAAAAUUCUUGCCGUAGAACCUUCUAUCUAUAAAUACCUCAUGGAAAAGAAGGAAUUAAACAAUUCUGAAGACAGAGCAAGCCUCAGUGCUCUUUCAGAAAUAAUUAAUAUAAAUUUUUAUAAGAAUCUCAAAGUUUUCCCACCUAUUACAAAAUUUGAAGAGAUUAAUAUCACCAAAGCUUUAACAACGCCUGGGCGAUUACAUUAUCCAAAAGUAGCUAAAAAAUCAAAAUUGGACGAAUUCCUCGGGAGACGUACACAUCUUAAAUUGCUGGAAGAACGGCAGUUAAGUCAGGCCAAUAAUGUAAAUAAAAGUUCAACUCCGGCCGGAGUAAUUGGGAAAGAUUUAAGGAGUGUUCUUACAGCUAUCGGAAGAAGAGUCGCAACGAUAAAAACUCAGUACUCUAUUUUAAAUAAACAAUGUAGAAUGUAUCGUUGUUAUGUUAAGGAUUGUGAUGGACAAGCGAGUACCUCGUGCUAUUCACCUGUUUGUAUACAAAGGAUUGCGUUGCGCAGGGAGUUGUUGACUCUACUUCGGAAAGCCAACACAGCAAGAAGUAGCAAUAUGCUUACUCCACAUUCCAAUGAUAAAACAGAUUUAAAAAAUUCUGAUUCAACUAUGGAAGAAAAGAAAAUGAGUGGUGCGGAAACAUUAAGAGCUGUUUUGGAAGGAAAAAUGGAAGAUAGUAAACCAUUAAUCAAAACAGAACCUGAAGAUAAUGAUGUGGAUGUUACCAGUAUUCCGGCCGAAAAUGAAGUUGUCAUAAAAACUGAAAAUUGUACUGAUAAUGAAGACAAAAAAGGACUAGUUGGGGUCAAGCUCGAGGCGGAAGAAGUCAACAUGGAAGUCUGUAACGAAGUGGAAAUCGGUACGACAGAGGAAGAAGUGAAAACCGACGAGAAGGCCAACAAUUGUUUAGAUGGAGUAUCGUCAAGUGACAUAAAGACUGAGGAUGGGACCCAUUUAAAUUCUACUAUCAAGACCGAACCAGGUGCGACAACGACCUCUAAUAACAAUACGAUAAAACCAAAAGAAGAAGAAAACAACCGAAUUUAUUCUUCUUCUUGCACUAAAGGAAAGGUGUACUUAAAAAAAGUAGUCGUAAGUUCCGAUAAAAAGAAGAAGCGUACUCAAGUGAAAUAUCCUAAAUGUUCAACAUUCUUGACCAAAAGCAAGAAGAAGAGUAUUCUGAUUCUUCCGCAGCACGAACUCUCCAAAUUAGCAAGGUUAGGUGGUAAAAUCGCAGUUAGCGGUUUUAAUCACUUGGCCAAGGUGAAUGCGAAUCCUCAAGCAUGGCCGUAUCCUUGCUCAAGACCUACAUUCAAGACUUGUUGGUUAUUUAGAACUAUUAGCUUCAAGAAUUUGGCAGCUGCCGGUUUACAAUUAAGGACUGUAUGGGCAUGUUUAAAAUGGGAUGAUAUGCAGGUAAAACCACCUUCAAGUGAUGGUAAACACCAAGUUACGACUGAAACCGAAAUUAUGACGACUGAAAUCCUUAAACAUCGUCAGCUUGGAAAUUUUCUUGAAAGAACUGAAUACCUUCUUCGUAAGGUUGUGAUCCCAUUAGAAGUUCCUAAAACAGUAAGAGAAGUGCAAUCCAUAAGGACAGGCCUGCGGAAGAGGAAAAGGGAAGAGGCUCCGCAGAAUACAGAACCUCAAGUAUCUGAAGAAUGGGUCGAUGAAUCCAAACUAGAACUUUGGGAAAUCAAGUUAUAUGGCGAGAGGUUGGAAAGAGCUGCUGUUCAACAAACUAUGGCUCGUACACGAAGUGCUACCGGAAACCUUCCCAAAGAUAAGGAGCCUAAAGUCAAUGUCGAGGAUAUGAAAGAAAAAUUAGAAGCCCAACUGAAAAUGCAGCGAGCGGCUCACCAACAGCGGAAGAAUCAAGCCGCAGCUGCUUCGAAUGCUGCAGAUGCAAAACCAACUCAGCAUGUAAUCAAAUUGGUCCCGAAUUCGAGUGGUGGAGUUGAAACUUAUAAAGUAGUUACGAAGGUCGCUAUCCCUCCUUCACCUGCAACAACUGCUAAGAGUACACUUACCUCUUUGUUGACGAGCACAACCGCAGGCGGUGUUAACAAGACAUUUGGAACUCGGCGGAUAAUAAUGACGAAGAAUGUAGAUGGCACUACUAGAGUCGUUACCGGACCUACCAGUAUUCUUCCGAAGGGAGCGACGACUCAGGUCCAGACUACUCAGCAAUCCCUCAUUAAACUUCCUUCAACUGUGCCAACGCAGCAACGAGUUCAGAUAUCUAAAGGCCCAGAUGGUAAACUCCAGGUCAAGGGAUUGAUGCCAGGCCAGCAGCUGGUGCAGAUGCCGGACGGUAAGCUGCACGUUCUACAUACGGCUUCUACUCCAGUCUCUAAUGCUGUUUCAACUGCUUCCACUGUCGCUACUACCUCUACGUCUCAACAAGCUGUUGUGAAAACUCCAAUUAAUAGCAAAGUGGCUACGAAUAAGCAGGUUGUGAUUAAACAGGUUAACUCUCCCGUUGUUCAAAAAGUGAACAGUGGAAAUACCGUUGUCGUGUCAGGAGGUCAAGUUCUCUCUUCGGGACAGAUAGUUGUACCAGCUAAUAAUGCGCAGGUUGUUAAUAAUCAAAUAGUUGUGAAUAAUGCGAAUUUGGCUCAGCAGCUGGCAUCAGGUAAAGCUACCCUCGCAACUCUGAACGGGCAGCAAGUUCUGAUCAGAACUGGACCAGGAAACCUCCUCAUCAAGUCUCCGACGCCUGGUCAAGCUCUAGUCACCUCUACUGCUGCGCCUUCUGCGAGAAUAGUCCAGACUGGAGGAGUCGGGACUCCUGUCAAGGCUGGAGAUGAAGCCGGACAGCAGACCGAAUCUGCUGCAACUCCGACUCCUGCUGAUCAGGCUGCUCCUCCUCCGAUAAGGAAGAACAUGUCUGAAGAACAGGAGAGUGCCCUGUUGGCUGGUCAACCGCCUGGAACAAUCAUAAAAUGUAUUACUGCUCAAGUCAUCCAGACGCCUCAGGGCCCACGGAUUGUUCUCCAAGGUUUGACUGGUUCCAAUUUUUCACAACAACAACUUGCGGUUAUUCAGCAGCAAGUGAAACAGCAAUUGUUAAAAGCCCAAGCCGAAGGGGGUAACCAAGGUGUUCUCGGCCCGACUAAGAUCUACCUCGCAGUCCAGCCGGCUCAACCCAAGGCAGAUUCAGCUACGGAGCAAUCCAAAGCGCAAGUAAAAUCAGUCAACAUCAAAGAAGAACCUAUUUCACCGACAAAAUCUAUUGUUAACGGUCAACAGUUUGAGACAAAUCAGACACCUAACUCCAAAAAUUCAGGCAAAUUUGUUCUCACUCCUGAUUAUAUCCAACAAACCAUAAAGAAUGCCCUAAAACAAGAAAAUUUAAACCCAGAGGUGGAAGAGAAACUUAUAAAACUGCAGAGAUAUCAAGAAAAGCAGAUGAAAGAGGACACUACGGGAGUUACUACAGUAUCAUCUGCGGUAACGACAACGACCGGCGUCGGGAUUCCAACGACUCCUACAUCUAACUCUCUUACUCUUCCGAGGAAGCGACCUUUGAUACAACAGCAAGAUACUGUACAGGACCUCCCUUCAUCGGAGCCUCCGAUCAAAAAGAAAAUUACCAAAGUUGAGCAAAAAGAGAUUAAGACCACUCCAAAUAACAAGAGCAGGAGUAAAUCUCAUGAGGAUAAAAGAAAACAGCAACUACAGUGCAAACUGCUUGUUCUUCUUUUUAGGCAGAAAGAGGCAUUGAAGAAAGAAAUCCUCAAGAAGAGAGCAUUACUGGAGAAGGAACUACAAGUAGUUAUACAGAAUGAAGUUGCUCAAGAAAUAGCAUCUCGUACCAAAGCUGAGCGGACUAAACAGGAUGAAGUGCGUGUCACGGGCAGUUCCAAAAGAAAAUCAGUUGCACUUGCUCAAGCAGUCGUCCCUGGAAGGGGAGGCGGAGGGGGAAAGAGCAUCACCAAUAGGAGACAGGCGAGCCCUUCGCCGCAGCCCCCACCUCAGCAAGCCCCUCCUCCGCCUCCUCCACAGCCAGCUGUUACCAAUCAUCAUAGGUCCAAGAAAGAAAAACUUCUUUGCAUUUGUAGGACACCUUAUGAUGAAACUAAAUUUUAUGUUGGCUGUGAUCUUUGUAACAACUGGUUCCACGGAGACUGUGUGGGAAUUACCGAGGAAAUGAGUAAGAGUAUGUCUGAGUUCGUUUGUAGCGAAUGCAAACAUGCGAGGGAAACUCAAGAACUUUACUGUCUGUGCAAACAACCUUAUGAUGAAUCACAGUUUUACAUUUGCUGUGAUCGAUGUCAGGAUUGGUUCCAUGGGAGGUGUGUGGGUAUUCUACAGUCCGAAGCGGAUAACAUAGACGAGUACGUUUGUCCUAAUUGUGAAAGGAAUAGGGGCAUCAAUUGUGUAAAUAUGAAAAACCUUAACGGAAAGGAUUUUGAUGCCCUGAGGAAACUUAUCAAGCAAAUACAGGUUCACAAAAAUGCUUGGCCUUUUAUGGAACCCGUAGACCCUACAGAAGCUCCCGACUAUUAUAAAGUCAUAAAAGAGCCAAUGGAUUUACAAACAAUAGAAAAGCGCAUCAAUCAGAGGCACUACAAUAAGUUGACUGAAUUCAUUGGCGACAUGACUAAAAUCUUCGACAACUGUAGGUAUUACAACCCAAGAGAAUCACCUUUCUUCAAGUGCGCCGAGUCUUUGGAAUCAUAUUUUGUACAGAAAGUAAAGACUCUUAGAGACAAGAUACUCGAAAACAAAUAGCCGUUUAAUAUUUUAUAAGAAAAUAUGCUUAAUUUUUUUUUUUUUUUUUUUUUUUUAAACAAUUACCAGUGGUCAUGUGUAGCGGCUGUGCUAAAGUUUUGACACAUCGAUCAUCGUAUACAUAUAAGAACACA